GCUUCCAAAAUAUGUUUUAAAAUGGUGGGGCUGCCAAGAUGUAGUCACAGUGGGCUCAACACAGUGCCCCCUAUUAGUCAUCCAGUGUAUAUAUAAAUGAUUUGGUCACUUCCCACAACCAAUCGGUAGCUCGAGUUUGACACGUGUCUGCGGAAUUCCCCCAACACUCCGGGGCUUUCCAGCUGACUGAUAGACGGUAUGCGAUCAGGCGAUCAUAACAGUCUAACUAACCAGAUAGAUUGGAUACAAUCAACGGUUGACUCGAUGGAGAAAUACAUGGAACAGAAAUGCAUGGAGCAAAUCCCGGAUUUCAGCUGACACUGAAGUGAACACUGUGUGCAGUGUGCUUUUGAGGUACGCGGUGACAUUUCACAAUCGGUUUGAUCGACUACUACUACAGCAGUUGUGCUGUAUUGUUCAUUGCGUAGAGGUGGAAUCAAGUUCAAGGAGUUCAAAGGGAGGUGACAGUGAGCCUGAAAUAUCAUCAUCUAUGAUCCACUGAUGGGCAUCAUGUCUGGAGCACUGAGAAUGGAUGAAGCUCAGUACGGCAUGAAAAUGAUUGAAAACGAGCUGAUGAUGAAUUUGUCCUAUGAGUUCAUGCCCCCUGUGGAUGUCAAGAUCGAGCCCUAUGUACCGGAGACCGGUGGGUUUCAACUUUCUACCCUACGUACACAUGCUCAUGGACCCUACAUUCAGAUCAUCGAGGAGCCCAAACAGAGAGGCUUCAGAUUCCGCUAUGAGUGUGAGGGUCCGUCCCACGGUGGGCUCCCAGGGGCCUCAAGCGAGAGGAACAGGAGGACCUAUCCAACUGUCAAGGUGUCUAACUAUGUGGGGAUUGCCAGGGUGGAGGUGCAGCUGGUGACCCACUCAGACCCCCCCCAGGUCCACGCUCACAGUCUGGUGGGGAGGCAGUGCUGCACGGAGAGUGGCAUAUGCAGUAUGGAUGUGGGCCCAAACGACCUCACAGCGCAGUUCAGUAACCUGGGCAUCCUUCAUGUCACUAAGAGAGGGGUGGGGGAAGUGUUGUGCAAGAGACUGAGAGAUGAGAAGAGGAGGCAAGGGGGGCAGCACUAUCAUUUUACUGAUGCAGAGGAACAAGCCAUAGGGAGAGUUGCCAAGGAGCUUGGGAAGGUCAUGGACCUGAACAUAGUGAGGUUAAAGUUCACGGCCUACCUCCAGGACAGUAACGGCGGGUUCUCUAGGGCCCUGAAGCCGGUGGUCUCCAACCCCAUCUAUGACAGCAAGUCACCCAAUGCSUCGAACCUGAAGAUCUCCCGUAUGGAUAAGACCAGUGGGUCUGUGCUGGGAGGAGAUGAGAUCUUCCUACUGUGUGACAAAGUACAGAAAGAUGACAUUGAGAUCCGCUUUUAUGAAGAGGAUGAUGGAAGCUGGGAGGCCUUUGGUGAUUUCUCUCCAACGGAUGUUCACAAGCAGUACGCCAUCGUGUUUAAGACGCCGCCGUACCACAGCACCGAGAUCGAGCGUCAAGUCACUGUGUUCCUCCAGUUGAAAAGGAAGAAAGGUGGAGACUGCAGCGACCCCAAGCAGUUUACCUACGUUCCCCGAGUUCAAGAUAAAGAGGAGGUGCAGCGUAAAAAGCAGAAGCCCUUCUCCUAUAAUGACCAAUGGAGAGGGGCUGGGGGUGCAGGGAGAGGGGCCGGAGGAUUCGGAGGAGGAGGAGGUGGUGGCGGCUUCCAGUUUAACCAGCAGAUGAAUGGAUCGGGGUGGAUGGAGGGUGGAUUCUCUGGUUUUGGGGGCGGUGGAGCCCAGAUGUCAGGCGCCACUGCCCAGGCUGAGGGGACCCAGCAGCAGCAGGCAGGAGGGACGGCCGGACAGACGCCAGGACAGACGCCAGGACAGACRGCCUCACCACUACAACAGCAGCUCUUCCAGAUUGCUGCCACUCUCCAGAGCAGGGCCACUCGGAUGAGCAAGCAGACAGCUGGGGCUCUACUACAGUACUGCACCACUGGGGACGUCCGUGUCCUUCUGGCAAUGCAGAGACACCUAUGUGGGGUCCAGGAUAAAAACGGAGACACUCCUUUGCACCUGGCCAUCAUUCACCAGCAGUCAGCUGUGACCCAGCAGCUGGUUCAGACACUCCUCACCAUCCAGCAACACAAUGUCCUCAACAAGCUCAACCACCUCGGCCAGACUCCUCUCCAUCUAGCGGUGAUCACCAGGCAGGUUAAGGUGGUGGAUGUUCUCCUCCGGGCCGGCGCAGACCCCACCCUGCUGGACCGGGACGGCCGGACCGCCCUGCACCUGGCAGCGCUGGCCGGGGACGACGUCACCCUCCGGAUCCUGCUGGGGCACCUAGGAGAACGCUACCUCCACCUGGUCAACAUGGCCGACUAUCAUGGUCUCCAUCCUCUCCACCUGGCUGUUCGUAAGGGAGGAGAGCGCUGUCUGCGUCUGCUGGUGGAAGGCGGGGCUAAGAUCAACGCCCCGGAGCAGAAGAGUGGAUGCUCCGCCCUCCACCUGGCUGUUAGAGAGAACUUCUUCAAAGUGGCCUGCACUCUCAUCACAGAGCUGAAAGCAGAUGUAAACAUGUGUACGUUUGGAGGGAACACUCCUCUCCAUCUGGCCGCCAGUCGCAGCUCCCCCCCCCUCUGCUCCAUGCUCAUUGCUGCAGGAGCCGACAAGAAUCUGGAGAACGACGAGCCGCUCUUCUUCAGCUCCUCCUCGUCAGAUGAGGAGCAGGAGGAUGGACCAGUAAGAGAUUUCAGAGAGUCGGCGAUCCAACAGCUACCGAACACACCACCACUUUCAGAGGGAGAACAAGUCAACCCUCGUAAGAGAUCAGCAACAGGACAUACGCCCUUUGACCUGGCUAAAUGUCAUAAGGUGAGAAAUCUUCUAGACACCAGACAGAGUCCCAAGCCCAGUCAACAAUCAAGUAAAAAGCCUAAACCGAGCAGCACGGAAGCAGAAAGAGGGCAGCUAGACAGUGAGACGCUAAGUAAGCUGUGUGAGCUCCUCAGUCUGAACAAUGUGCCCUGGAGACAGCUGGCAGAGAAACUCAACAUGCUCUCACUGGCACACCUAUAUCAGGAGAGUCCCUUGCCCUGUCACAACUUGCUGGAGAAUUACCAGUUGGGUGGCGGUCCAGUGGAAGGGCUGGUGGAAGCUCUACAGUCUCUGGGUCUGACUGAAGGAGUGAGACUACUGAGACAGGCUGAGCUGAGAGAGGACAAACAAAACACAGAUCAGACGGUGGACAGUGGCUUUGCUAGUCAGCCAAUGGAGGAGGAGAUGGAGGAGCCAGCCUUGGCCAACCAGUGAGCAGCAGGAAGGGUGAGGGGUAAGACCCUUGUGUGAGGGAGGUUUCACCCCAACGUUUCAUCAUGGAGAUAUGACUAACUCUGUUCAGCACGCACAUUGUGAAUCUGAUGUCAUACCCAAGCCUCUACUGAUGAAUGCAGAAUUCUCUCUGCCAUGACUGACAGUCAACCAGUUUGAAUUUUCCUGAAGAGCUGAAGGGAAGAAAAUCUCAAUGUACAAUUUUAUGUGGCGUCAUAUCUUGUUCCGUUAUUUCUGAUGGUAAGUGACUGAAAGGCAAUUUUUUUUUUAUGGUCCAUUUGUGCCUUCCAAAAAGUCCCAGUAUGAAUUAUCAAUUUAAACACAUAUUUAUUGGCUGACAAUAUCUUACUAAUACUGUGUAUUCAUUUGGUUUAACAUUCAACCACAUAUAAUUAUACAGCCUUAUUUCAAAUGUGGAAGGUUUGCUAUGUAACGUUUUGAAAACUUGUCUGUUGAAUUAAAUUAAAUUUUUUCUGACAAACGGA